AUGUGUGUGUUUAUUGUCUGGAGACAGAUAAAGAACGCUGCAGCUAAUGUGCUGAGGGAGACUUGGCUCAUCUACAAACACACCAAGUUGAUGAAGAAGAUCGACCACUCCAGGGUUCGCAAACAUCAGCGGAAGUUCCUGCAGGCCAUACAUCAAUUACGCAGUGUCAAAAUGGAGCAGAGAAAACUCAGUGAUCAGGCCAACACACUAGUAGAUCUCUCCAAGAUGCAGAGUGUCAUGUAUGAGCUCAUGUCAGAGCUCAACGACCGCAGCGAGGACUUGGAGCGACAGAUGCUGUCCCUGGAGCAGCGGGUGGAGCAGCUCACGGCAGGCUUCAACGUCCUGCCUGCACACCUCUCCGCGACCCUCAGUGCCCAGCAUGCCGCCCUGGUUCACCUGCUCCGAGACAGGGACGCACGUGAUGGUAGAGGAGGAGGAUCAGGAGGUGGAGGCGCUGUCGUUCCUCUGUCACCAACUGCCUCCUUAAGCAACGCACCAGUUUCAGUCUCCCCAAUCCAGGUUGCAGCACCUCCAUCAACCUUAGCACAGAUCUCUAGUUUAUCCUUGGAGAGCCCACUGUCACCCCCACCUGUGAGCCCAGAAGUCAGCCUGGAGGCUACUCCCAAUCCCAAUACUUGCAGCUCAAGCUGCUGAGUACCACUCUCAGGAGAAGAGGGGAACAGAUAUGGAAGCUGCACGCAGAGAAGGAAAGACGGGAGGCUCUGAUAAUCCUCUCAUAUAAGACUGAAGGAGCAAAAUGAAAACAGAGGAGAUACAUUUUUUAAGAUCCUCUGAAACAUUUGUGCCAUGACAACAGUACACAGCAAAUUUGGAAGUGUUAAUUCAACUCCUAGGGAGUUAAAUUCAACACUUUUAAAGUGUCUAUACUGGUCCACACUAGAUCAAGUUAAAAUAACACUUUUGAAAGUGUUAGACAGUUAACACUGUGACAGAGUUGGAACACUCUUAAUAGUUUUAAUUCAACACUUAUCAGGAUGGAAUUUAUCUAAAACUUGUGUGUAGAGUCAAAAGUCAACUAGUGUUGAGUUUAGACUCUACCUGCUAAUGUUGAUCAUUAAUGGUGGUCAGCUAUAUUGUAACAACAGCUGCCCACACUGGCAGAAGCAAGGCUGCCGCCAAGCUCUCUGCCCAUCAGUAGGUGGUGUGGGUGAAGUGUCUUCCCCAAGGACACAUAAACUGAGACGGAGAAAGCCGGGAUUCGAAUUAGCGAGCCUGUGGUUGCAAGAUUAACUUCUGCAUACUCAAUGCCACAAUUACGAAGUCCACUACUGUUGUCAUCAGCGCAUGUAUUUUAAGAGUUUAUGGAUAGGUUUGAACUUUGGGAAAAAAGCUCUGUUUAGUGUUGAUUCUGAAAUCAACACUGAACAGAGUGGUUUGAAUUUAACUCCACGGAUUAACACCAACUCUUUGUUAGGAAGUAACUCUUGGAUAGUUGAAUGAAAACUAACACAGGAAAUUUUACACAUUUGAUUUUGUUGUGUACAGAGAGGAGAAUUAAUGGGACUUGGAUGAUUGGGCCAGUUUGAGGAAUGAGACAUAUUCAGGACUUUUUUGAAAAUGGAACGAAAAGAAAAAUGGAGACUCUAAAAAGGUGAGAGGGGGAGGAAGGAUAUCAAAGGGGUGAGACAUGGAGGUGAAGAGAAUGACGGGGUGGAGGGAGGACAGAAGGGGAGAAAUAACCAAGAAUAAUUAUAUGAACUCCUAAAUGGAAUCAACUCCAAUUAUGGCAAAGGGCCUUUUAUUCUCUCUAUCUCCUUCUCUCCCUUUUCCUUCUCUGAGUCUCUCACUCCCUUCGUCAGGAAUUAAUGACCAUGACUUUUUAUCUUUAUGAUGUAUUUUCUAUCUGAAUGCUUAUCAUGUGUUAACGAGCAUCCCUUUAACAGAAGGUUCGAUCAAUACGACCACAAUACUAAAGCAGAACAAAAGAAAAAACUAGCAGCAUGCACCACACACAGUACAAGGUAACACAGCACAGAUUUACACAGUGUCUCAUAAUGUACUACCAGUCCAUGGUAAUUCUAAAGCCUAUACUGCCAAGUACUCAAUGCACUGUUUAUCUCCAUUCAGCACUGCCAAGCAAUGUCGACACAGAGUUAAAAAAAAUAAGUUAAUCUAAAAUGAUCCAUCUAAGGAAACACAGUAGGUUAGAUUCACUACAUGCAUAGUUUUGACGUUUUAACUGCUCGGCUGGGAGAACUGUAACCGGUCCCUGAGCCGCACCAAUUACAGGCGGAGCUGAAAUAAACAGAGAGAGACGUUAGUCAUCAUGGAGUCUAUUUAUGAUGCUUGAGACAGUGGCAGAUGGUUAAAUGAGAUCAAAAAAAAAAAAAGAAAAAAAAAAGAAAACAGGGCUUUAUCACU